AGACGAAGAACGAGCCUCAAUCUCCCUUCACCUGGCCGCAGGCGUCCUUCGAUUCUACCGUGUCACCCAUCGUUGAGGAUCUUCACAUCAUCUACGGGCCCCUCCUGCUAUUGAACUUUCCUCUCUGGCCCGUUACCUCCCGAACCAGAGUACCGUUAAUAUUUCCAGUGCGUCACUUUGAGGCACCGUCACGCAGACCCCAAAUUCCGAGCUGCAGGAAGAGUUUCUUUUGUACGCGGUUGCGUUAGAUUUGUUCGCCUCACAUUAUGGCCGCUCUUGUACAAGGCUACCCGCAGCAAUCCGGGACAGUGACCGUGCUUCAAACGAGGCCGUCAUCCGCUUCGGGGAUGUUGCAGUCGGCCUCGUCGACUGCGCAAUAUAUGCCCGGCGCUCCCCAGAGGAAUAGCGUACAUGGUUUGUCUCCUACCGGCACUGCGCCUGUGGUGUACCGUGGAGGCUCCGGCCCUGUUCAACAGUAUGCUCUCAGAAGCAUGCCCAGCGUCGCUCCGGCGCCACAGUGGCAGCAGUCUAGAGCGCAGCGAGCAACGUCUUCGCCAGCAGUGCCCACCAUCCAGACCCUCGACUACCUACAACCCGCUCAGGCAAGGUCGCGUUACUCAGCCAGUAUGUCCAUGACCAACUUGCCCAGCACUGCACACCACAGUCUGCAGGCAAGCAGCGUGGGCACGCGCGACGAUUUGGCAUUGUCGGCACCCGGCACCAGGAGAAGCGCAACGACCCCUCGUUCUCCCCAGGUGAGCACUGGAACGCCGUUGCAGCCAUCGCUAGCGCCAGCGGCACCUUCUCGGAAUGCCCCAGAGAGAUACAGGCGUUCGGCGUUGAGAAGUCCUGAUUCUUCAACUACGACGACGCAAGCAUCGACGUCGGGCUCCCAAUUACGGCCUUCUCAUUCGGCACUACUGAACAGACCGAACAGUUUCGUUGGCUCAGUUUCCGGGUCCGCGAUUGAUGACAUGGUGUUAGCGGCUAGCCCCUCUGCGGACGAGAUCAAGAGGGUUCGCAGGCGCAGCAUGCCCGCCCUGGAUUCUCCCGGAUUCCCCCUUCACUUGACCCCGCACGACCUUAAGCAGCCGGCAGAAUUGGUCCACCCCAAAAGCGCCGAUAAGGAGAGCAAGGCUGUCAAAACCGGGAAUUACCAGUCGGCCGACAAGGGCGGCAACGACGGGCUGCCUGGAAACGGGCGAAGCGCUGGUUCCAACUCACGACCCUCUGACCCCGCCACCAACUCCACCACCUCUCCUGACCAAGCUGGCACCAACCAGACUUCUGCCCACGCCGUUAGCAUUCCACCCCGAAGCUCGUCGACCGAUGCCCCGAAUGGCAAACGGGUUACCAACCCAUCUCCGCUCUCAAAACCGGUGACGAUGGAUGUCGACGAAGAAAGCGGGUCCUCCUCGGACGGCACUGCCCCCGCGAAACCGGAGGAGUCUACGCCUCGCUACGAGAGCCCCGCUGUUAAGCAGUUGACGGCCAUCAACCAGAAGGGAGGCAAGGCUAAGAGCAAGACGUCACGGCUGCGUCGGGCAUUUUCAUUUGGCAGUGCUGCCGAGUUCAGGAAGGUUGUGCACGAUGGCGAGAAGGGGGAAAGCGGCAACGGUAAACUUCAUAAAGAGCGCGAUGCCGACGACGCGUACGACGAAGAACAGGCUCGAAUCGCCCAGCAGCAGGAGGCUGCCGGGAUCGGCAACAGCAUCUACUCGGGUGGACGCUUCUUUUCAGGGUCGACUGACAAUCUCUCGAUCUCUUCUACGGCUUCCUCGGCUUCGAUUAUGAUUCGGAAGAUGGGGCGUGGGAUGAAGAAGGGCACCCGGUCGCUCGUCGGGCUCUUCCGACCAAAGUCGAUCGUUGGAACGCCAGCGGCGGAGAUCAAACAGCCCGAGACCACGCAGGCGGCUGUGUCCAUGAUCACGGUCGAGGCUGAGCGGGAACGGGUCAACGUGACCCCCGAGCCUCGGGGCCAAGGGGGCGGUACCGGGUUUCCUCGUCUGGAGCGGAAUUCGAUCGACGCCGCGAGGGCGUCGCUCGUCGCUGAGCCGGAGCGCCUGGGGAGCUCGGGGACCGAUAGCACGACGGCCAGGAAGAGCAUUGUCGGGGGCGAGAAGGAGCGGGCCGAAGUCCUGGCUGCUGUUCGGAAGGGGAUCUUGAAGAAUCGCAAUGGCUCGUCGAGCCCAUCCCCGCGCCCCUCGGAGAACAAGGGUUCAGCUACUGAUCUGCCCGCCGUCCCAUCUGUCACUGAUUCUCCCAACUCCAGCGCACCGAGCACCCCCAACGAAGAGUCGCAGGGGCACCGGCGGACUGGGACGGUCGCGAUUGGCAGCGAGGACUACUUCGUCUCGGCUCUGCGGCUCCGCCAGGACUCCAAGGGUUCGCCCGGCACUCCGCAGGGCACGAAGCGCUGUACGACGUUCAGCCCGCGGAUCGUCUUCUUCGAGACGUGGCCGAGUCAGGAGUACGAUCGCCGGGGCGACAUUGCUACGUGCAACCGCUUGACGCCGAUGCUGGCCCAGCAGAUCAAGGAGGAGCUGAACAGCUUCAAGAUGGAAAUGGAGGUCCACGAGAACUCGAAGAUUUACACGCACUUCUUCUGAUGAUGCAGGCGAAUGAUCCCCUUCAAGCCGAAUCGUACCUACCUCGGUUCUUUUUUCUUUGGGUCCGCAAUACAAAGAGGAGAGAGCGCGGAAUUCCGCCGUGUAUUUUGUGACCGGGAU